AAGAGAGUGAUUUGAGAGCGAUUGCGUAAGAUUUGAUAUAGUUUGUCAGGACGACCGAUAGACUCGCGCGAUCUACGGAGGAGAUUUGAAUUUUUCACGGGAAUGUUAACGGAUGACAAUUGCAGUAGGAUGGAAUGGGUGGAGAUCAUAGAGCCACGCACUAAGGAACAUAUGUAUGCUAACUUGACCACAGGAGAAUGCGUUUGGGAUCCUCCACCAGGUGUACCAGUAAAAAAGACGGACAACAAUCAGUGGUGGGAGUUGUUUGAUCAGAAUACCUCGCGGUUUUAUUAUUAUAAUGCGACAUCACAGAAAACUGUGUGGCACCGCCCGACCGACUGUGACAUCAUACCACUGGCGAAACUUCAGACAUUGAAGCAGAACACGGAACCUCCAAGCGGUAGCACGUCUGACGCUCAGAAAGUCGCCGAGCCGAGGAAAAAGGAGUCGGUUUCGACACAGACGCAAACACCUUCAGUCAGCCGGUCGACGCGCUUCAAUCAUCAAGAGAGUCCGAAUUUGGCUUCGACACUGCAAGUUGGAAGCGCGAACAAAACGCGAUCCUCCGCAGCCGGUGUCGACCUUCAAACAUCUCCACCUUCCCCGUCUCCGUCUUCGAGGCGUCAUCAUCACCAUCAUCAUCAUCACAAUAAUAGGCACCACAGGCACCAUGAAGUACCUACCGCACGCAGGCAACACAAUCAUUCGCAGGACUCCGGCAGAUCUAGCGACAGUUCCGUCUCGCACAGUAGAACCUCUCUGGAGUCGACUAGUUAUCGUUUGUUGGACUCGCCGCACAGGCAUCAUCAUCGUUCGGCCGCACAAACGCCGGCGAGCACCGCACAGUCCUCCCCUCGGCAGCAUAGCGGCACCUUAGAGACCAGGUGCCACAAAAGCGGGACUCUGGAAAGCGUGAAGAAUCAGAAGUCUGUGUCGUUAGGGGAACCACCGCCAUUGGGGCUGUCGCUUUCGACCAGCACGCCUCUUUUCAAGAAGAAGACGUUCACCGAUCCGCAACGUGAAGGUAGGACGGGGAAUUUGGACCUGGACAAAAGUAAAAAUGGUAGGGAAAGUAGCAGGGGCUCGUACGGUCCCGAGCCUAGCACCUCGCCGUAUCGCGAGUCGAUGAUGGAAUCCCGAGUCUUCAGGCAGGAAAUGCCGCCGUAUCGUCCGCCGGAAGUUCAGCUUAGUCAUAGUUACAAGUCGCAAGGCGAGAAAUACGGUUCCUUGGUGGAGAGUGGCAAUCGUUAUCAUAGAGAUAGAGAGCGGGAGAUGCAGCAUCAGAUACGUGAGCGUGUGAACAGUCUUGACAAGACGAACCAGCCAGCCUUUUAUGCGAGUUGUGUGCAUACGAGAAAUGUGAAUAAGCAGGAUAAUACGGGUAGCAUAGGUAGGAGGCAUCACGGCUGUUCGGCCUCACUCUCGGAAGCGAAUGUCAGGGACAUGUAUGGUGCAAUGUUGUCCGAGAGGAAUGAUCCGGCCAAAAGCCUCGGUCGAGCGGCCGGUGUGCACAGUAACUCAUCGAAGCAGAGAGGAGGCCUUGAAGCGGUGGAGCGCGAGAGAGAGCGAGACCGCGACAGGGAGAAGGACUACCGGAGAAAUACAGCGUGCAAUAACUCACUGGACUGUGUACCGCAGCCGUUGGGCCGCAGUUAUAGUUUCGUGCAACAGCAGAAGCAGCAGCAGAAGAUGCAGCAGCAGUUACAUCAGCAGCAACAGCAGCAGCAAGUUAGCAGAAGGAGGGAACGGGACGACGAUUCCAUGCAUGAGCGCUACUUGAUAAGUCAGACCCACGAUCAGUCCAGGCAGCGACUUAGCAGUAACACUAGCAGUAGCAACAGCAGCAACAGCAGUAGCAACAGCGCCGUGGGCGAAGAUACCGAAAGUCACGCCGAGGGAGACGACAGCAAGAAGAAAAGAAGCAAUGGAAAUUCCAGUCCGCCACCGUCACCAUUCUACGGCAAUCUCCUGGCUGAUGCCGAUCAUCUGUUACCGCUGCAACAUUAUAUCCUUCAACAAGCAAAAUUAUCAGGUUGUUACAAGUUCGGAGAUCCUCUGUUAGUGGAGGAAGGGGAGGAUUCUUUGGACGAAGAAGGCGGCAGAGGCGAAGGUAUCGGAGGGAGAGCCGAUGACGAUUCCGACGAUCAGUUCGCUGAUGACGAGGCGGCAAGCAAUCAAGGCGAUUCUUCCAGUCAAGAGUAUCUCGAGGAUCAUUAUGCCGACUUAAGAAAUUACGACACGGCGGGCUUGGCGACUUACUAUAACACAGCUGACACUUUGACGAGGCCACGACCACCUUCACCGCCGAAUAUCGUGUCCCAGAUAGAAGCGAGAGACAGCGUAGUGACUACGAGACAAGUCUCUCUACCAACGUCCACCGUGACCUCGAUCGCGACACCGAGCAUCGGCACAACGAUCGAUAACACUGACCUGGACGAAGCGCGGCGGGACGAUAGCACGGGCGGUGGCGACAUCGAGAAGUACGCGCAGGACAAUCUUAAUCUGAACUGCGGCAGACCGAAAGGACUGAGGCUGUUGUUUCGAAAAAAGUUUAGCGUACGGGAUAUUCUUAGCUGGUCGAAGGAUCCCAUACCGCAACCUAUGCUUGCGAUGGUGGACGGCGAGAAGUUACUCAAGCGGGAGGCUUGUAAUUUGUUCCGUUUAGUCCAGGUGUACAUGGGCGAUCGCAAAGCCAAUGUUGGCAUGACGCUGGACGGCGUUGCCAUGGACAUCGUGAAUACCGCGUUCUCGAAGCCGCCCUUGCGAGACGAACUAUACGUGCAGAUCUGUCGGCAAACUACGGAGAAUCCGCGGAAGGAGAGCCUGCGACGCGGCUGGGAAUUAAUGGCUGUGUGUCUGGCCUUUGUGCCACCUAGCGCCACGUUCGAACCAUAUCUGGAAGGUUACAUGAACAGGCAUCGUGAUCCUAACUUCCAAUUUCCCGAGGUCGCCAAGUGGCCGAUACACGUGCAAGUCAGUCAUUACGCGACUGUGGCCUGCAGACGAUUGCAGCGGAUCGGCGCGCACGGCAAACGACAACCUCGUAAAGCUACAAUAGAGGAUAUCGAUCAAGCAAGGAUACAAAUCUUCCGCGCAUCCAUGUUCGGAGCGACGCUCUCGGAAGUAAUGGCUUUACAAAGGGACCGCUACCCACUUAGAGAGUUACCAUGGAUACAGACCACGCUGACGCGUCAAGUUCUGGUGCGCGGUGGCACCUUGACCGAGGGUAUCUUUCGAGUAUCUGCCGACGCCGACGAAGUUAGUGCACUAAAGUCUUGUCUGGACAAGUUCGAGGACGGUGCGAUUCUGGCAGCUUCUCAGGAUGCCCACGCGCCCGCUUCCUUGCUGAAAUUGUGGGUGCGUGAAUUAUAUGAGCCGUUAAUACCGGAUUCCUUCUACGUGGAAUGCGUGUCGAUGAGACACGAUGAUCCGGAAGCCUCCGCGGCAAACGUAGCUGCUCUCGUCGACCGUUUGCCAGAUCUUAACCGUCGUGUGCUGUGUCAUCUAAUACGCUUCCUACAGAUAUUCGCUAGACCCGAGGUGGUCGCUCGCACUAAAAUGGACGCAAAUAAUCUCGCGAUGGUGAUGGCGCCGAACGUAUUGCGAUGCACCUCCCAAGAUCCUCGAGUAAUUUUAGAGAACGCACGGAAGGAAAUGGCCUUCGUCCGUACUCUCAUCGAGUCACUAGACACUGCUUGGGUCGAUGAUCUUCACUGACCAUCCUAUUGCGUUAGAGAAAAGUCCGCUCUAGACUAUUAUGCCAAAUGAAACAGCUGUAUAGUCACGUCUAUUGUUAGUUAUCUCACUGUUCUCGAUUUGUCUUCACUCUUCUUGUUUGUUCCAUCGUCACCGAUCCCCCUCUUUGCCCCAUAGUCCUUAUAUGAAUGUUCGUAAUGGUAAUUUAGUGCUAAAGUCUUACCAAGCUAAUCAUACCACAACCCGACUCCUUGAUUUUCCGAUCUUUAUUUUCUAUUUAUUAUUUAUAUACAGAUUCUAUGUUAUAUGACAGAUAGAGAUUAUUAGAUUAUAUUAUGUAUAUCGCUAUAUAUCAUAUAUAUUUUACCAACCCUUGUUACCGCGUCGAACAAACGUGGACGGCUUUUUUACUCGGUCAUUGUUGAAUCUCGUGUAAGAUAAAAAAAGAUACAUCAUGUGUUACCGUGUAUAGCUGCGCUCCGCGAUGAUCUUUUUGUAUAAGCGACGGAUUAACGUGUAAAGCGUUUGUCGAGGAGUAAAUACUGCGAAAGAUUAGCAAGCUGUACUUGUAAGUGUGUUUCUUCGACUACCCUGUCCUUGUCCACUAUGUACAAAGAAAUUAAAGGAUUAUAAAUAUUAAUAAUUAAAGGGUUGCUUUUCAGAGUUGAUUUUGAACAAUAGGAAAAUCUCAAUGAAUUGUAACUCCCUUAAAAAUAGCGAUAAUGUAGUACAAGAAGCAUUUUUAAAUAUAAUUUCCCUAGUUUUUGUGCAUAUUAUCAGAUAUAAAAUUUACGUAUUUUUUACAAUUUACGUGAGUAUCGAGUUUCGCCGUCAAAAUAUUUUAUAAAAUUGUAUCGCGUGAACGAAAAGCAUACACAAAUGGUCUUUACAUUGUUUGGGAGCGUAAACCUUGUUCUUUGCGUAAUCACAGAUUGCGAUACAUUUUCUUUUAUAGAAUUAUUUAAAAUUAAAUAAUCGUUUGGCAUUAAUCGCUCGUAGAAGGCGAACUAAUGUAGGAUGUUUGUUAAUAAAUAGAAAGCUUGUA